GAAUUCUUCGGUGAAACAUUUGCUUUUAAGAAUUCAGCAUGGAAUCUAUGGAAUAUAGUUAUAAUUCAAUAAAAAUUGAUUUCUACAUGAUAGAAUGUGAGUGUAUGGAAAGCUUGUCAAUUUACCAACCCAAAAGAAAGUAUUGCGAUAUUCUUAAGGAAGUUGCAACGAGCAAAUAUGAAGGUUAUGCGACUAUUACCUUCAUUUUCAGACAAUUGUGUUUCUGCAAUAUGGACAAGCAAUUGGAAAAAUUAUAUGAAGCCAUCAAUAGCAAUGAAUAUCUGAAAUAUGUAUCCAAAAUUAUAAUGGUGUGUUCACAUAUCCAAGCACCACCAUCACCUGAGUCAUCUGCUGUUAAAAAUAGCAAUAGUGAGCCCAACAGAUCAAAGGAGACUACUUCAAAUUCAAAUACAAUUGAUGAAAUUAUUACGAUAAGAAACGAUGUAAUGUUAAAAGUGGUGUUAUCUGAAUUUUUUCGGAACUCCAAUUCUCGAGCACUUCCGCCAGUUGAUAAUUUAAUUUUACUGCAAUGUCAAAGCAUAACAACCAUGCCAGUUGAUGAAAAUAACCCCGCUGUAUAUCCUUUCAUGUUUUUUAAUCAGAUAGUCGAACAUGGUAAGGACAAAAGUAUACAGGAAAUCGCAAAUUAUUUAGAGGAAGACUGGGGUGUAAUACAAUAUAAAGAAAACUCUAUGGGAUAUAUACUGUAUUCUCUAACCACAACAACUGGAAGUAGUUAUUAUUACAACAUCAAUCCAGCAUUGGUUAUUAUUAUAAAUCAUAUGAAUUUUGAGAAAUUCACUAUUAGAUCUGAAAGCGCCUAUGAUAUUGAACGAUUGCGAAAUACAUUUAUAAGCAAAAAGAUUCCUUUUAUAAUUAUAAAAGAUGGCAGUGCAGAAGAAGUGGAACGUCUAAUGUCCAAAGUGAGAAGAUUUAAUUUUACAGGAUUAAAAAAUUUAUACAUUGUGGUGAUGUCACAUGGUGAUGAAGAUGAUGUCAUAUAUACCAAAACCGAUUCAUAUAAUAUUAAGGAUACAGUUUUAGAUGCUAUUACUUCUAAUAAAACACUAAAACAUACAGAAAAAUGUGUACUUGUCAAUGCAUGUCGUGGUACUUAUGACCCACGUUACGAUGAUGACGAGUUGGAAGUAGAAGAAACUGAUACAAGCAAUCAGGAUGAGACAUUAACUACAAUUUAUAGUUCUCAGAAAGGAACAGUCUCGUAUAUGUUAAAGGAUGGUGCGCGAGUUGUAAAAGAGUUUUGUGAAGAGUUCGAACGCCCAUUUAUGAAUCUUUCGAUAAAUGAAUUCGCUGAAACAAUCGAAACAAAUUUACAAAGAAAAAUGAGCUUUGAAUCUAAAAUUACUGAGUAUUGUACAAAACCGGAAACACCACAUAACGUCGUUAUGGAGUUUAGAAAUAUAAUGGAAAACUUGAGUACGUAUAAGGAGUUAUUCAAGAUUAUAGAUGACGAGAAAAAUCAAAAUAAAAUUAAUUAAAUAAAUAUUGUUUGAAA